UAUUACAACGCCAUAUUGGACGCUCCCGUCCAACACCAAGUCCGUCCAUCUGACUCAUUUCUUGCGUCUCAACAAUAGCACCAGCAAGAAAAAAAAGCAAUGUUAAACAGCGGCAGACCAGCACGUCACUGAUGCAUCAUCAUCGUCAUCAUCUUUACCAACGAUGAAACUCUUACGAGAAAACUGAUCUCAAUACUUUUACUACUAUUGAUAUAAUACUUGUGUAAUGCAUCCUGUUAAUUUUUUUUUUCUCUUUAUCGCCUCUGUCACAAGAGGCCAACCCACCUAUCCGACGGACAUGGAUUCAUUUGUGAUGAUCACUUAUUUCGAGUCUACGGAUCCUUUUUAUUUUUUUUAAUUGUCACGAGCGAGCAUUAGCAGUCAACAAGAGCCAGUAAAAAUCUUCAUACCAGGUCCAUCAAUGACUUGGAAAUAAAAGAAAGCUCGCUGGAAUCAACAGCAGCAGUAACAGCAGUACCACCGUCACCCAGCAUCAAUCGCUCUUCAUAUGUAAAUGUAUAUAGAUAGACAUAUAGCGUUUUAGUUGUGGCUGGAUCAGAUCAUCAACGACAAAAUGGAUUGGGUGUUAUUGAGAAUAAACCAAAACGGCCAUCAGUUGACAACAACGUGAAAGAGAGUUAGUCUCGACACUGAACAUAUUUAUAUAUAGCGGAUAAGCGUGAUGGAAGUACGUGAAUUAGAUGGUAUCGAUGGAUACUGCUAUCGCGGAGAAGGAAAUGCAAACUUGGUCAUAUCAUUACCCGCUGCCAGAAGCGUGCUGCGAUUUCGUAAAAUAAAAUCAACGGAGGAGUUAUUGCCCGAUGGUGGAAGAUCACGAGUUGAAUAUGAGUACAAAUUUUACAAGGAAAUAAUUACUAAGUACCUGGGUAAUUUUGUAAAGGAGCCAAAAAUUUUUAAAUGCCAUCCAAGAGACAUACCACAUUGGAAUAAAAACGUCGAAUCUCAUCGUUCAGGUUAUCGUCGUCACAAAAGUUUAUUCGAGGAAUAUGGGAUUAUACUUCCAGAUUACACGUUAUUGCCGUUAGAACUUGAGGGAAACAAACGAGGCGAGAAGCCAACAUUCUGCAUUGAGAUAAAACCUAAACAAGGCUUCGUUCCUGAAGCAGACCAGCAUGUACAAAAAUGUCCCUACUGCGUUAAUCAAUUUUAUAAGCUUGCUAAGAGGAUAAUAUCAAGACGCAGUGGUUACUGUCCAUGUGACCUCUUUUCUGGUGAUAGAAGUAGAGUGAAACGUGCAAUUGAUGGACUAGUAGAAUCACCGCAGAAUAAUUUAAUCGUCUUUAAAAAUGGCCAACGUGUCUGGGCUGAGGGAUAUGAGCGUAUGGAAUUGGAGCGGUUGCUAGCCGAAUGGUUUUCAAAUGGCUCGUCUCACGAUAUACAACGGCUCUAUGAGGAUUUGAAUUACCUCCUUUCUGAAGCGCUACUUCGUGAGUUUCCCGUAGGCAACGGUGAUGAUGAUGAUGGUCCUACUUCCUUGUUGGAUCCAAUUAAAGAAGUUCAAGCUAUACCGGUUCUGGUGGAACACCAGCAUCAACUCGAUCGUGAGAUGAUAAAUAAAGCAAAAAUAAAUUUUAAUUUGCUCAAAGAGGCAUGUGAUUUUCCAAGUGGAAAUUUACCUCGGGGCUCGGUACUAAAUCGUAUUUAUCGUAUGCAACAAUUGCAUUGUAUCAGCAGCGAUAUCAUUUAUGCAAUCUAUUCAAAGUAUUCAUCGAUUGUGGACGAACAAAUGGUUUAUUUUUCAAGUACCGAGACAACAAAACCAUCCUCCACUUCCACAACUAACACCAGCGAUCGUAUUUGUAAUGACGAGACAUUAAAUUCAACUCAAAUUGCACUUUUGCAUAAUUAUUUAUUAUUUAGCAUCGCUCGAGACUGUUCUAUACUUCUGUCCUUCCGAGAAAUUGAUUUAGAGAGCACCAAAAAUAUUUCCAGUGAGAAUAUCAUUAGGUUUUCACAGCAACAACGCUACUUCUCAUUCAGCAUCGGUAUCACGGAUGUGGAUCCGAAGAAUCUUAAUCGCAUUGAAAAACAUCGCGAACGUACAAUCCGUGCCUUGAACUCCGUAACAGUCGACUGAAGAUCAACAUUAAACAUCAUCGUAGUAU